CCAAACGCCAUCUUUAAACCCCAUUAGAGGCCAGCUACAGUUGAACCGGGAUGAAAAACACUGUCUUUAUAGCGGGAUAUUAGGUCAGGUCGUUGUGACUUUUUGCCAGUUUCCCGGUCAAAUAAAUAUUAAAGAACUACCCGAUGGGACAGCGAGGAGACGAUCAAGAGACAUUGCAAAAGCUUUAAAAUGCAGCUAUUAUAGGUAGACAACAACAAUAGACGGAAAGACAACAACAACGGACUAGCUUGCUAGCAUUUGCUAAGCAGUUUGCUGUAUUCACAUGCUAACUGGAAGCUAACUAACGUUAGCCACUUCAUUAGCAAAUCUAUCUGGUAGCGCUGAAAUUAGACCGGACUGGGAUUGUAGCUGUCACUGGAAACCACCACAUCUACCGGGGCAGCCCGUAGUUCCGUGGUACAGUUUAAGACCUGCUUUGCAGUAAAUUUCCGCUGUUACUCGAACUAGCUAUAAGCUAAGUCCUGACUUCUCUCCCUCCCCAGCGGCCCAGCCGGAGAUGCGUGGAAGAUGUCGGUGUCGGGGCUGAAGGCCGAACUGAAGUUUUUGGAGUCCAUUUUUGAUCCAAACCACGAACGGUUUAGGAUAAUUGACUGGAAGCCUGAUGAACUUAGUUGUCAAUUCAAUGUAACUGGGGAAAAGCUGUUAAUUAUCCACUGUAACAUUACGGAAUCUUAUCCAUCUACGCCACCAAUAUGGUUUGUGGACUCUGAUGACCCGAGCUUGGCUCAAGUUUUGGAGAGGUUGGAGGACGUUCGAAAAGGCAGCACCCUGCUUUUGCAGCAGUUGAAAAAGCUAAUUUGUGACCUUUGUCGGCUGUACAACCUUCCACAACAUCCUGAUGUGGAGAUGCUGGACCAGCCCCUGCCUGCAGGUCCUGUGGGGCAAGACCGAAAGCAUGGAACAGAGGAAGCCACAUCUGAAGAAGAGGAGGAGGAGGAGAUGGGAGAGGACAUCGAAGACCUGGACCAUUAUGAAAUGAAAGAGGAGGAACCAGUGGAUGGGAAGAAAUCUGAGGACGAUGGCAUCGAGAAGGAGAAUCUGGCAAUCCUGGAGAAGAUCCGAAAGAACCAGAGACAAGACCAUUUGAAUGGAGCUGUGUCUGGAUCAGUGCAGGCCUCAGACCGCCUGAUGAAGGAGCUUAGAGAGAUCUAUAGGUCUCAGAGUUACAAGACAGGUAUCUAUUCGGUUGAACUUGUUAAUGACAGCUUGUAUGAAUGGCACGUCAAACUGAGGACGGUGGACCCAGAUAGCCCAUUACACAGUGAUUUACAAGUCUUAAAGGAAAAGGAAGGAAUGGAUUACAUUUUACUAAACUUCUCAUAUAAAGAUAAUUUUCCCUUCGAUCCACCAUUUGUGCGGGUAGUUUCACCUGUGCUUUCUGGAGGUUAUGUUCUUGGAGGAGGCGCCCUGUGCAUGGAACUUCUCACCAAGCAGGGUUGGAGCAGUGCCUAUUCCAUUGAGUCUGUCAUCAUGCAGAUCAAUGCCACAUUAGUCAAAGGAAAAGCCAGAGUGCAGUUUGGAGCCAACAAAAACCAGUACAAUCUUGCCAGAGCACAGCAGUCCUACAAAUCCCUGGUUCAGAUCCAUGAAAAGAACGGCUGGUACACACCCCCUAAGGAGGAUGGCUAAUAGAGACUGUUGCCUUUCCUGCACUGGGACCACAUGUCUAAGUUUUUUUUUUUUUUUUUUCCCUUGCGACCAAUAUUGUUUUUAUCCUGCAAGUUUUUUUUUUCUUGUUUUUUCUCUAAAUGACAGUUUGAACUUCAAACCAAAUUCCUCAUUCAUUGACGACCCAAAAACUAGCUCAUGGACAUGGACAUGUUCACCCCUGCCUAAAAUUGGAGACGCUUCUUACUCGCAAGGUGUCCUCGCUUCAGUUACUCAUCUCAGUAUACAUCUGUUGUCUGAUGCAAUUAGGUUUUUCUUUUUGUAUGUUUUCCCAUGGCAACAUUCACCCCAUACUCCAGGAAACCAAUGGACAAAAUGUCAUGCAAACUCACCCUUUGAUUUUGGCAUUGAGCAUGUUGAGAUUACUUGCUGGCUUGAAAGGUGCAGCAUGGCUUUAUCCUCCCGCAGUGGCUGUCUGAUGCUUCAGGUGCCAGACUCUGCUUCUCUGGCCACGGACUGGAUCGAAGACUGGCAUGCAACAUUACCUGAUAUGCAGUGGUAGCUGGGAAGGACGGUGAAAAAGCUGGUGGUAGGGGUGGGGGGGAGGGAACCCGCUGCCUUUUCUAUCCUUGGAUGGCCUCUGUAAUAUUCUGCUCAUUUAUCAUCUUUUUAAUGCCAAGACCCCACCUUUUUUGGGGGAGUAGGGGGAAAAACUGCUUCCGAGGCUAGUUGCUUUCAUACCUCUUAUCUUUUAAAGCUUAAAGCCCUGAGCUGGGGAGGAAGAUGAAGGGACCUUUGCAGACUUGGGUGGGACAGCUGAUUGCGAAGAAGAACAUGCUGCUGACUUGUAAACUCGGGAGACUACCACCAUCAUCACAACAAGCAGCUGGAUAACUCCGGAGGAGAGGUUUGGUGUGUGGUUCGUCUGGCAGCGUAACACGUGAUCAGGCAAAGCAGGGGCAUGUUUGGAUUGGAUCACACUGUAAUGUAGUUGAUUUUAACUCCACUGUAAACAUGUAUAUUUGUAUUUCAGCAAAUGGAUUUAAUUGUUUAUAAUGUAACCUUGUCUAGGUCUUUGGCUGGGCAGACUAUUGCUAUAUUCACUUGACUAUUAAUGGCAGGGGCACUGCAACUCCUAAAGACCAAUUUAGAAUAAAAAAAUAAAAAAAAAAGUUGCUCCAUUGAUACUAUUUAAGUAUCCGAAGGAAAUGAAAAGAACGCCGUGUUUUAAUGUAAGCUUAAUGACUACUACAGUUUUAUUUAGUUUAUUGUUUUUCUUUUGUUUUUCUUUUUUUUUUUUUUUUCCUUGGACUUGUAAACCUAACAUGUUUGGCAAUGGUGAAACCCCCCCCCCACCCCCCACGCCCCCCACACCUGCUAUUGUGUAAGACAUCAGUUAGCAGCAUACCAGGGGUUUCCUAUUCAUAUCGAACCACUUAAGCUACAGGAACCUAAGUGAGACUAUGCAGCCAGGACACAAAUACUGUAUCAUGGUUAACAGUUUGUUGUCACCUACGUAGUUCUUGAAGGUGGUUCACUUCCAUAGACCAAUUUAGCUGUCUGGGGAGAGGGGGGGGGGGACUUUUCCUUACACUCACGGCUGCUUUAAAAUGCAACCAGAGUCACAAAUUCACAGCAAUAGUCUCCACUGUAUACCUAGUAUCACACCGGGGAAGAUUAACAGGAGUCUCUUCUGUUUCCAGAAUAUUUGUUCAGGCUUGAUAAAUAUUUGUUCGGAUUUGCCACAGGAAAGACUCGGCUGUUCCCAUCACCACCUCUCUGGUUACUAUUCAUGACCACUCUCAGCACUGCUGUACCCCUCGGCGUGCUGAGGCUUUGAUGUAAUGUGAAUAAUAUGCAGACAAACUCUGUGGAGCAUUCCAAUUAAUGCAGUUACAUGUUUGUUGUGGGUGUUCUGUUGUGUGGUUACUUGCAUUAUUUAAAGUAUAUUGUCCUGAUAACCAGCGUAUAAGGCUUAGUUAUGCUAUUUCAUUCAGUCAGUCCUAAUUUUGGAGUUUGUUUUUUUUUAAUUUUUAAAUUUUUAUUUUUUUUGGAUUUCCAGGGUGAUACAAACCUCACAACGGGUGGAUGCUUAGAAAACAAAGCUUUAUCACGUUGAGCACAUGUGACAUUUGUUUAGACUUGCAGGAUACAACAAAGAAUCCUUUCUAAUUUUUAUCAACCAAACUACGGUCUUUGGCAUGGUUGUUAGCUGUUGUGGUGUACUGAUCACUUCAUUCUGGUCACAUCUUUGAGCCCAACUCUGCAUUCCCUGGAGAAGCAAACUCAGGAAUACAUACUGCACACUCGGCUUUGCUACGGAUUGGUUCAGAAUAUCAUCACAAAGUCAAGAUUGAAUGUCUCAAUCUUUUCUGUUUUCUCCUCAUUUUUAAAUUUUGCCCUUGUUUUUACCUGUAGACCUUGUGGUGUGUUUGGCUGUCGCAUUCCACACGUAUAUUGUUAAUGAGGCUCAAGAUUACUGAUUCUUACUGAGUGUUUUUGAAUGAUCAGAUACAUGAAGCGGAGAUUAACCUGAGCUUGAUGAGGGGUCCAGAGCAAAGCUACCCCUUUCUCUUUGAUAUUGCUGUAUUUUGCAUGUCAAUAUAUCAGUGGGUAUUAUAUCCCCCCCCCCAAGCUAUGGAGACAGAGUGGUUGUGUUGGGUGGCUAGAAAGGGUAGAUUUAUCCAUCUUUUCAUGACUCGUUUCCUUGUGGUUUCACACUGCAUCAGUGCACAGGUCAGGUACCAUGAGACGUGUCAACUGGUUAUCUUUCCUGCUUGGACCUUUGCAGAGGUCAGGAUGGUUCUUAAGAAAAGCUGAAGCUGAGACUUGUGCAUCAGAGCCGUUGUAAUCCCACAUCAUGAAGCUGAUAUUUGGAAUGAUGGUGCAUUCGCUUAUUGAGCACUGAACAGCUUCUCUUGCACCAACACACUUCUGACUAACAAGGACGUCUCAGCAUAGACAAGCGACACAUUGGUCUGACAACUGACCUAGCCUGAUACUGAGUUUGUUACCUUGCUUCAUUAACUGCGGUGGCCGGGUUAUAAAGUUAUGCACUGUAAGCAUGCUUUGGUUUGGUUUCUUUUUUCCAUUGCAAGGGUGAUUUUGACAAUGUAAAGUAAUUUGUAAACUUGCAUCAAGUUUAUGAAUAAAGACUUUUAUGAAAUAUUUA